AUGGCCACACCACCGCGAGCAAAAUGUCACGGAGUUAGCCUUGCAAGGCAACCCGUGACACAUGGCCAAGAUUGUUGCAGUUGGAAAGGAGUACAAUGUGAUGAAAUUAUUGGCCACGUUGUUGGGCUUGAUCUCGGUGUAAACUUCUACGUACGCGAGUACAACCCUGGUGUUCCGUUAGUGGCUAAUGAAGUGCACUCUUGCUUGCUUCAAUUGAAAUAUCUGAAUCACUUGGACUUGAGCAGAAACUCUUUUCACGGAAGCCCAAUCCCAAAGUUCUUUGGAUCGAUGGCACGACUAAGGUAUCUCAAUCUGUCUUAUGCAGAGUUCAGUGGAAUAGUUCCCCAUCAUCUCGGAAAUCUUUCUAGCUUGCGUGUUCUUGAUAUUAAUAAUUGUAAAGUAACUUUAGAUGAUUUCACAUGGGUUUAUCGUCUUUCAUCAUUGCAAUACCUCAACUUGAGUUACAUGAAUAUUAAUCGAACGCAAAGUUUACUCAAGGUACUAAACAUGAUUCCUAGUCUGCUAGAGUUGCAUUUACCAGGUUGUGGACUUGAUAACAUUCAUUUAUCUCAUAUGCAUGUGAAUUCUACUAUUUCUAAUGUUCAAUACUUAGACCUUAGUGAUAAUUCAUUUGAAGGAGAACUUCCGAGUCCCCUUAGGAACAUGACUUCUUUAAGAUUCCUUGAUCUUCAAGGUAAUCAGUUUAAUUCUUCUAUUCCUCUCUAUCUGGAAAAGCAUAAGAGCCUUGAACAUCUCAAUCUUGGCUACAACGCAUUUCAUGAUGUUAGUGGGAUGUUGAGUCUAAUGUCAAAUCAAUGUAGUUUGAGAUCAUUUGAUAUGAGUGGCAACAGAUUUGACAAAAAGAUGUUCAUUUCUUAUGGAAUUUUGUCCAGUUGCACCAUGUACAAUUUCGAGACAUUGUGUUCAAGUGAUAAUGGUUUCAUCGGUCAUUUACCAGAUUGGUUGGGACAGCUUAAACAUUUGAAAUACCUUGAUCUUUCAGGGAACUUGUUUAAUGGUUCGAAUCCAAAUUGGUUGGGAAGAAUGUCACCCUUGCACAAUAUAGUCCUCUGUGCUAAUCAAUUUAUUGGGGUCAUCCCACUGUCGCUAGGGAACCUAUCAGCCUUGAGAGUACUAGAUCUUUCUUACAACAAGUUAAAUGGGACCAUUCCUGUUUCUAUUGGACAAUUAUCAAAUCUCAAGAUCUUAGAUCUCUCUUCUAAUUCCCUGGAAGGCAUAACUCAUUUUGCCAACCUCUCAAUGUUGGAUGAAUUGAGAACAAGUUAUGCAUUCCUGACAUUGAAGGUUAGAUCUGAUUGGAUACCUCCUUUUCAAUUGAAAUCCAUUGUAAUGGGGUCUUGCAGAGUGGGGAUUCAAUUUCCUCAAUGGCUUCAAACACAAAAGAAAGUUAUUGAAUUGGAUCUUUCCAAUACUAGCAUAUCAGGAACCUUCCCCAAAUGGCUUCUUGACAUGCCUCUUCGGACAUUAGAUCUCUCUCAUAACCAUAUCAGUGGACCCAUUCUGAAAUUGCCUUCCACUUUAGAAUUUGUUUGGCUUUCCCAUAACUAUAUCUCAGGACCUCUUCCACAAAAUAUUGGUGAUAUGGUGCCUACUUUGCUUACUUUGUCACUAGCUGACAAUUUGAUAAAUGGUUUGAUACCCAAUUCAUUGUGCAAAAUUUGUACUUUGAAGGAAUUAGAUCUUUCUAAGAAUAUGUUAUUUGGAAAUCUUCCUCAGUGUUGGGGGGAUUCAGGGGAAAUCCCACAUCUAUGGGUUAUGAAAUUUUCAUCUAACAAGCUUUCAGGGAUUAUUCCAAGCUCUAUUGGACAUUUGUCUAGACUGGGAUGGUUACAUUUGAAUAACAAUAGUCUUUAUGGAGAGCUUUCUAUGGGUUUGCGAAAUUGCACAAGUUUAUUAGUUUUGGAUCUUGGUGAGAAUGGAUUCUCUGGAAACAUACCUGGAUGGAUUGGAGAACUAGAAUCCUUGAGAAUUCUGAGACUACACAAGAAUAUGUUUAAUGGCAAGAUUCCUUUACAGUUAUGCCAACUAUUAAGUCUCCAAAUCAUAGACCUUGCAAACAAUAACUUGGAAAAAACCAUCCCUCGCUGUUAUGGCAAUCUCAGUGGUAUGGUCUUGUAUGAACAUUCAAGACUUGAGUAUGGGCAAUGGUUUUCUGAAAACAUGAUGCAGGACAUGAAGGGAAAUGAACUUGAAUACAGCACUACACUAUUAUAUCUAGUGAACAUGGAUCUUUCGAGGAAUAAUCUGACUGGAACGAUCCCUGAAGAGCUCUCACUUCUUUCAGGUUUGCUUGGGCUUAAUUUAUCGCAUAAUAAUUUGACAGGAAGCAUUCCUAAGAAGAUCGGUGGCUUAAAGUUAUUGGAAUCUCUUGAUUUCUCUAACAAUCAACUUUCAGGCACAAUUCCGGAGAGCAUGUCAAAUUUGAGUUUUAUAAGCCACUUGAACUUAUCAUACAAUAACCUCUCAGGACGUAUCCCAACAGGUAAGCAGCUCCAAACUCUUGAUGACCCUUCUAUUUAUGUUGGCAAUAGUGAACUUUGUGGAGCUUUUGUACCGAAGAAAUGCUUUGAUGACGAACAUUCUCAACCUGCUAAGCCAUCCACAAGUCAUGAAGAAACAUAUGAAGGAGAUGUGUCUGAAAAGGUAUGGUUUUACUUGGUUAUAAUGAGUGGCUAUGCCACAGGGUUAUGGGGAGUUAUUGGAGUUUUGUUGUUCAAGAACUGGAGGCAUGCUUAUUUUUGA